AUGACGGAGAUGGACGGGAUCAUCCGCGAGCAUGAGGUCUACUUUGCGACGCUCGCAGAGCAGGCGGAGCGCUACGACGAAAUGGCAGAGCACAUGCGAGCGGCCGCGCUCUUCGAGCAAGAGCUGGAUGCAGAGGAGCGGAAUUUGCUCGCGGUGGCCUUCAAGCAAGCGGUGGGUCAGCGCCGAGUUGCUUGGCGCAUCGUUUGUGCAGCCGAGCAGGAGGAACAGGCCAAAGGCAACCACAUGACGACGGCCAGCGCUCGGGGCUAUCGGAAGAAGGCGUCAUUCCUUUCACCGCGAGGGAGCUAG